GAGCCCUAAACACAGUGCAUCUGCCUGCAGCCUGCCUGCACGCCUGCCUGCAGCCUGCCCGCAACCAGCCCCAGGCUCAGGGUUUGGCCUUGCUUCCCAGCCAUGCUGCUGCUCCUGCUACUCCUGGAGGCCACCCUGCUGCAGCUGGCCAGCGGCUCCUACCACCCCUUCUACAACGGCUUCUACUACAAUCACAUCAUGAACGACAUGGGCAACGGGCAGGACAAAGAUUACUUCAAUGGAGCCAGACUGGUGGUGGAAACCUCCAAAGACCCUGUCUACAGCUACAGUGGUGCCAACGUUACCUUGCCCUGCCACUACCGCUACGAGCCUGACCUGGGAGAUAAGCGCAAAAUCCGCAUCAAGUGGUCCAAGAUACGGGAUGACUACACCAAGGAGCAGGACGUGGUGGUUGCUAUUGGCAAGACCAAUGUGGCCUUUGGGGACUUCAAGGGCCGUGCUCACAUCCACCGGGCCAGCCAGCACGAGGCCUCGCUGGUCAUCAGUGAUGUGCACCUGAAGGACGAUGGCAAAUACCGCUGUGAAGUCAUUGACGGGCUGGAGGAUGAGAGCGACGUGGUGGACCUGCGGCUGCAAGGCAUCGUGUUCCCCUACCAGCCUCCCCGCGGGCAGUACAGGCUCAACUUCCACGAAGCCGAGCAAGUGUGCCAGGACCAAGGUGCCAUCCUUGCCAACUUCAACCAGCUCUUCCAGGCCUGGAGUGAGGGGCUGGACUGGUGCAACGCGGGCUGGCUGGCCGAUGGCACCGUGCAGUACCCCAUCUCCCGGCCGCGGGAGGAGUGCGGCCGCAAGGACACGCCCGUGGGCGUGUGGAGGGAAGAACACAGGAUGCUCCAGAUGGGGAUGUUCCAGAUGACUCUCAGCACUGAUGCUGCCCUCUCCCUCCUAGGAGAGGUUUUCUACCUGGACCGCCUCGCUGGGAUGACGCUGGAGGAGGCCAAGCAGAGCUGCCAGGAUGCAGGGGCCGAGAUUGCCCGGGUGGGGCAUCUCUACUCUGCCUGGAAGUUCCUGGGGCUGGACCGCUGCAGUGCCGGCUGGCUGGCAGACGGCAGCGUCCGCUACCCCAUUGUCAAGCCCCGGCCCAACUGUGGCCCCUCAGAGCCCGGUGUCCGCAGCUUCGGCUUCCCCAGCAAGGGCAGGUUUGGGGUCUUCUGCUACAAGGAGAGAUAAGGAGCCAGGAGAGAUCCUUCUUGGAUGAAGGAUGUUUCCAGCCUGACAGUGCCUGGUGUUGGGCAUUUCCCAGGGCUGUUUUAGGGGUGACUGGGGGGAGGUGGGAUGGGGGGAGGCUUCUUUUUGUUUUGUUUUGUUUUGUUCCUUUAUAUUUUCCACAUCUUGCUCAGCAGCUGGCACAUGCAGCUGCUUGGGGCAGCUGCCAGCUGGGCAGCGUGGGACAGUGCCUGUCAUGGGAUGUGUGCAAGGACGAUCCCCGUGGGCUACAGCUGCCACCCCACUUGGCCCUGCCACUCCAUGGGUGGUGGCCCCUUCCUGAGGUGGCAGGCUAUCACCGACACUUGCCUGCCCUUCCAGGCUGGUCCUACCCCCAAGUUCAUGAGAUGGGAGUGAGGCAAAGCUGGAUUUGGCCAGAGUAGAGAGCAGGCGUCUCUGUUGCACCUGGCCCCUCUUCCAGCCCCAUCCCUGACCCGCUGAAGGAUGUCAUUGUGCCUGUCCCUGCGGGAGUGCCAGUGCCUUAUCUCCAUGUGCCUGUUGCCUGGACUGCACUUGAAUUCUGGUGCCUUCUUCUUUGAUCAGUUGUUUAUGAAAAGAUGUAUUUUCCUGGACGUCUUCUAAUAAAUUGGAGAAAG